UCUGUGACUGACUGUCGCUCUCACAGCAACGAGCGCGCUUCAGAGAGGAGGAGAGAGAGCCCGUAGGGAGUGUGCAGGCGCGUGCUUCUGUUUGAGCGCGUGUCCGCGGUGAUUGAAGAGUCGAUACAGAGAUGCAGUGAAACAUGCAAACAGCGCAAAACAUGAUGCUGUAUUUACGUCAUUUACACCGAUAAUGAUGCACGUGAAAGACGAAUCUUUGAAGUACAAUCAUUUAAGGUUGUCAAUGUGAAUAUAUUUAUUUUGAUUGAGUGUUGAGCCGAAUCAACAUGAAAACCAAGAGCAGCUGUUGGAGUCAUCAACUAAAACAACAUCUGUGAGGACCACCAAACAUUGAGCUCUCCUCAGAAAUACACGGAGAAACUUAAACAUUUUUUGCUCGUCCUCACCUUAUUAUUCCAACUGCAGUGAUAUCAUUUCAUUGUAUUUUUCUCAAUAUCAAAGUCAAGUCAGCGUCUUUAUGAGCAGCAACAGUUGAUUUAAUGACUCACACUCAGUUAGUAGUUUGUGAGAAGAAGCCCGCCCUCUAGUGGUGACGUACUAUUAAAUGUAGAAGUGACGUUCUUCAACGCUAAACCCGCUGAACCAAUCAUAUUGCCUGAUAAAUGCGGUUAGACCAAUAGAAACUCUUAACCUCAGUUACCAAGCAACGCGUGGGGUUUAGGUUGCCGUGCCAUAAGGAAGAAAGAGACACGCGUACACAAUCACAUUAAAUUCUGUGUUUGAUCAUUUGGUCGCUGUUGUGUUUAGUCUGAUGGUGAAGUUAAGAGCGAGAUGUGUUGUCGUGGGAGAUGCAGCUGUAGGGAAGACUUCUCUCUGUCACAUGUUUCGCAGUGAUGGUGCUGUGUUUCAGAAGAACUACAGUAUGACUGUUGGUGUUGAGCUGAUGGAGAAAUCUGUGUUCAUUCCAGACUCCAGUGAUAGUGUGGAGUUUUAUAUCUAUGACUCUGCUGGACGAGAGUUGUUUGCAGACGCCUGUGAGAACGUUUGGGGUCAACCGUCUGUGAUCUGUGUGGUUUUUGACAUUACCAGUGAAGCCUCGUUCACCAGCUGCAGUCGAUGGGUUGAGAGAGUUCAGUCUCACUGUAAUGGACUGCAGGUACCAGGUGUAUUGGUGGGUAAUAAGUGUGACCUGUCAUCCAGGAGAGAAGUGGAGACUUCUGAAGCUCAGACCUGGGCUCAGACUCACGGGCUUCAGUACCACGAGACAUCAGCUAAAGAAAUCGGACAGUUUGAAGCUCCGUUCCUGAGUUUAGCUCAGAUGUUUUACUCCCACUAUCAGGAUCAGAUACAGAACAUCAGGAGUCUUCUUUAAACUUCUCUGAUAUUGUUUAGGAAGUGUUUGUUAUGAUUUAGUAGUGAAAGUUUGUUUUUGUGUAAAGUCUUUGUCAGAAAUAUUUAUGUGAUCUGAACAUAAUUUCAUGAUAUUGUGUUUUAGAGUUCUGAAUAAAGAUCUUCAUAAAGAAG